GACACCAAGGGUUACUAGACUGCUUUGUGACGUCAUUCUUUGUCCGCAAGAACCAUGACAUACUGGGAUUACAUGUGUGAGGCCAACAUCCACUAGUUUAUUUAGUUGCCGGAGGAGGAACCCUUGGAGACACCUUUGGCCCUUGGCACGGAGAUUCGACAUCAUAGCAGCUUCCGAUAAAGGAAGUCUUGUUAAGAUGCCAGAGAUGGGUUUACUUGGUAAAGAAGAGAAGACAGCUUUAUGUACAGUUCGAAACUUUGUCAACCAGAAGGGACAUUUAGUUACAAAUGGAGGGCUCAGUUAUCACACACUGGAUGAAACUGACUGCGAAAUUAAUACUAACAUAUCAAAAAGUACUAGUUUGCAAAAUGGUGGAUUUGCUACACAAAAUGGUGGAUUAACAGUGCAAAAUGGUGGCCACAGAAUACCUAAUGGCAAUGCUAAGAUUCAAAAUGGUGGACUUCAUACUAAAGAAAAUUGUCAAAAAUUGACUGAUGAAAGGAAGCAUGAGCAUGAUUCUGUUGAAAUAGAUUUUAGCACAUCAAGCCUUAUUCAAAGUGGAAGUGAAGCAGUAGUUGAGUGCACUAAAGACAAAUCGACAUUGUUAAAAACCAUUAUCUGUGGCCAGAUACUAUCCUUAACUUUAUGUGGAGUUGGUACCUCUUCAGCUGCUCUUGCAAAAUGGUAUGAUGUUCGAGUGCCAGGGUUUCAAGCAUUCUUGACCUAUACAACUUUAGCGUUAACUGCUGGUACAAAACUUGCUUUCGACUCAAAUAAAUUCAAGGAAAUACUGAAAGAAAGAGGAUGGAAGUACCUUAUACUUGGGCUGGCUGAUGUUGAAGCAAAUUAUCUGCUAGUGAAAGCUUACACAUUCACAACUCUGACCAGUGCCCAGUUAUGUGACAGUUUCACUAUUCCGACGGUUCUUAUUCUAUCCUGCCUGAUCUUACGCGUCAGAUACAAGGCGUCACAUUAUAUUGGAGUGGUGCUUUGCGUGGCUGGCGCCGUGUGCCUAAUUUUCACGGACACACGAGACACACAACAGAAUGCCAAAAACGAGUUGCUUGGUGACUUUCUAUCGCUCUCUGGUGCUUUUCUCUACGGUUGUUCAAAUGUAGCACAGGAAUUCAUCGUCAGGAGCUUUACCAAAACAGAAUUUCUUGGGAUGAUCGGAAUCAUCUGCGCACUCAUAUCUGGAAUCCAGACGAUUGCAGUUGAAAGAGAUGUAAUUUACAACAUCGAAUGGAGCUGGCAUGUCAUACUGCUAAUUGCAAGCUUUGUUAUCUGCCAGUACUUGUAUUACACGCUGAUGCCCUGGGUUAUCACGUUGAGUAGUGCUACAGUAGUCAACCUAUCUUUGCUUACAUCCGAUUUGUACACACUCAUGUUCGGCUUGUUCCUCUUUGGAUACAAGUUCUCCUAUCUAUACUUCGUUGCAUUUGGGGGGAUAUUCAUUGGGUUGAUCAUUUACAACUGGAAACCGACUCCUGUCAGCCCAAGAAGAACAAGAAGAGCAAAAGAGGAUAUUAAAAGACUUGAAACAGAUACCAAUCUUGUCUUCUCAGAAAAGAAAAAGCUGUGUGAAAAAGAAGAGAAAGUCGGAAUAUAUUCUUUUACAAAGUAUUCUGAAGGAAACGCAAAUGGACUUAAAAAUACACAGGUGUGAAUGUAUUCUGGCGUGAGACAUAGACUUUUUUACAAACUUAGAAUUUCUUAUCCUUAUAGAUUUUAUGCUUAAAGGCUCACUGUCGGUUCCCUUAUUGGAAUACUUAUUGAUUUGUAGAUUUAUGAAAAAUUCCUUUCUCCCUUCAACCGAUUUAACUUGACUGUGAAUUAGGGACUCGUGAGUGGUGGCCCGUGGAUAUAUGAGUUACUAUGCUUUCGUCCCACCAACAAAUUAGUUAAGGCCAUAAUUGAAUAACUGUUUAUUUUAUCCGAUCCGAGACCGGUUCUGUUUUGACUAAUCACGGUGGAUAACUUUUGCAGAGCAUGCUUAACCAGGCUGAGCCUUGGUUGCAAUGCAGGGCAUUUCUGCAAAAAAUCCAUUCUUCUUUAACCGUCAUUUCAUAAUGAGGGUUUUAGACAUUUCCUGGCAUUUAUACCGGUACAUUCUCCAUAUCAUAUCGUGACAUGGCCUAUCAAUUUUUUUCAUUGCGUCGCUGGCCACCAGGCUUCAUAGAAAAUUUGAAUGUGUAUUUUUAUUAUUGGUUAGUAAUUUCAGUCUAUUGUUUUUUACGUUAUCAGCAAUUGAAUUCAAUAAUUUUUUAAGCAAACACUUACGUUCUUUUAACACGAUUAUUAUUGGCUUAGUUUUAGAAUUAUCAGUUAAUAUUAGGUCUUUUAUGUGAAUUUGUUCCAGCUUUCUCUGUUGUAAUUUAUACUUUAAUUGUUUUGGUAUGCACAAAACCCAUCAACAAGCAUAAACCUGCUGUAUUCCUAAUGUUAAAUGCAUCAAUUCCUUAUUUAUGAAAACAGUACCCGUCCUAAUUAAACUGAUAAUUUUCAUACCGUUACACGUCGUUGAAUGCAUAUCACAACAACUAUCUCAGGUAUCCGAUACAUUUUUAUUUUGUUGCAACUUUAAAAUAAAACCGACAAAUCUUGUAUUAAAAAAUAUACCCGCCCUCGUUGUUGUGAUAAUUGCCAUACCGUUACACAUCGUUGAAUGCAUUUCACGAAUGACUAUCUCAGGUAUCCGAUACAUUUUUAUUUUGUUGUAACUUUAAAAUAAAACUGACAAAUCUUGUAUUAAAAACUAUACCCGCUCUCGUUGUUGUGAUAAUUGCCAUAUCGUUACACGUCGUUGAAUGUAUUUCACGAAUGACUAUCACAGGUAUCCGAUACAUUUUUAUUUUAUUGCAACUUUAAAAUAAAACUGACAAAUCUUGUAUUAAAAAAUAUACCCGCCCUCGUUGUUGUGAUAAUUGCCAUACCGUUACACAUCGUUGAAUGCAUUUCACGAAUGACAAUCACAGGUAUCCGAUUCAUUUUUGUUUUGUUGUAACUUUAAAUUAUAACUGUCAGGUCUUAUAUUAAAAACUAUACCCGCUCCCUUUGUAUUGAUAAUUGCCAUAACGUUACCUGUCGUUGAAUACAUAUCGUUAAAGAAUAUCACAGGUAUCCAGUUCAUAUUUACUGUGGAUACAAGGAGCGUCACUGCUAGGACAUCUGACAAUACGUGUUUUGUAGAUUUAGAGGGUAUCAUACACAUAUUUAUUUAGCGCCUUUUAUAUGUACCAUUUACGUCAUUUUCUAUUUCCAUUCUAUCCAUCUUUCACACAUCACAUACUUGCUUAUACAUGAAUUUGUUGUAAUUUUCGCACGUAUUAUGCACUGCUUUGUUAAGCUUAGCUGGCUCAUUUUUUAUUUAAUUAACAAAGCUCUCUUUCCAUUAUAUAAGACUGGCUUCUUGUAUUAGAUGCUGAGCUAUAUUUCAGUAAAAGUGCUGUAUUAUAUUUCUAUCGCAUUAGAUAAUACAACUUACAUUGUGAAUAUAUUGGGGGUUUUUGAUAUCUCCAAAAAGCAUGUAGGCACUAUUUACCUUUUCAGUACCCCCGCCCCGCCACCCCCAUUGUAGAACAGAAUGUUCAGGCAAUCUUUUUUGCGAAUACAUAAACCUUUGUUCUUCAGUAAUAUUUCCCGGAUCACUGCUCCUGAAUUUGAAAAAAGGCCAUUUGUUAUAUUUUAUGACAGGUUUUGAAUCAAGUUUCUUCUUAGAAGAUUAGAUCAUAAUUUUCUUCGUUUGUGAAAUAGAUGCCUUUGAAUUCCAGGCAUUUCGUAAAUAUGAAAGAGGAAAGAUACUACAAGGGGAAAGAUAUUUUUACUAGUUCCUUUAUUAGUUUUUUGAGACUGUAAUGUGUAAGUCAGUUUUGAAGCCAAAUGUUUUGUUUUCUAUAACAUUCGGACCACUGCAUCGUCUUUCUGCUAAAUUUGUAAUUUUUAUUUAAAGUUAGAUCCGUGUUGUUCUGUUAUAUUCGUCAUUUUAUCUUAAUUGAAUGAAUUGAAUGCUUGUUUAAGUGCAAUUUAAUCAAAGGGAAUAUUAAAUCAUAUUUAAUUAGAAUAAGUGUAGUUAAUAAGCAAAACGAAAAGUUCUGGUCUACAAGCCUCAUUGUUGUAUACAAAUCAUCAAAAUCAAAAUUUACGUUGCAAAAUUCUGGCCUUCAUCGUUGGCUUUAAAGUAAGAAUUUCACAGAAUGUUUAUGGUUGAGCCGAUGUUGAAGAGAGGUGAUUCCAUUCGCGCUCAUUUUGUUGGUACCAGGACUUUUUGUUGCAAAUAAAACGAAACGAAUCAAUGACAAGCCUGCUUUGCUUUUUUGUACGCUUUGCAUUUUUCUAGAUGAUUACGAUGGAAUGAUCCUAAUUUUAGUAAUGAAUUGCAGUGGAUAAUUAGAUAUAACCCUCUGAACUGA